ACAUUCAAUUACACAUUAAAGCUCUGCUCUGUGUGUUCCAGGUUCUCCUCUUCCGGUGACAUCAUCAGCAUGCCUGAGGGGUCUGGGCGUGGCAGAUCGCUUAGGAACGCAGCAGCCAGACGCCCCUCCUCAGCCUCAUCGCUGGGCGGAGUGGUGGGCGGGAUGAUGUCGUCGUCCUCCUGUACGUCCGUCAACACGGUGUGUUCGGACAGCGACCGGCCCGCCUCCCUUACCUGCUCCUCCUCCUCCUCCUCCUCCUCCCUGCCCUCCGGCCCGGGGGCCGCCGACACCUGCUCCUCCUCCUCCUCCUCCUCCUCCUGCUCCUCCUCCUCCACACACAAGAGGAAGGGCUCCGACAUCAGCCUGGAUCUCACUCCUCUGGCUGCUUCCCCCGUGCCACUGGCCCCGCCCCCAGUGACCCUAGCCACGCCCCCGGCCCCGCCCCUGGCCCCGCCCCUCCUGCUGACGCGACUGCAGAGGGUGGUGUUGGAGAUCGUAGAGACGGAGCAGGCCUACGUCAGAGACUUGAGGAGCAUCGUAGAGGACUAUCUGGGCUGUAUUGUGGACUGGGGAUCCGCCCUGCCUCUGAAGGCAGAGCAGGUCAGCGCCCUGUUCUGCAACAUAGAAGACAUCCUGGAGUUCAACAGUGAUCUCCUUGAGGACUUGGAGAACAGUCCCCAUGCUGCAGCCAUCGCUGAGUGUUUCCUAGAGCGGAGUGAAUCGUUUAACAUCUACACCUUGUACUGUAUGAACUAUCCCAACUCGAUGGCGGUACUGAGGGAGUGUAUGCAGGAUGAGCGUCUCCUCGUCUUCUUCCAGGAGAGACAAGCCACCCUGAACCACUCGUUGCCGUUAGAGACCUACCUGCUCAAACCUGUCCAGAGGAUCCUCAAGUACCACCUUUUACUACAGGAGCUGUCUAAACACUGGGACCAUGGCGCCCAGGGCAUUGAGGUUGUGGAGGACGCCAUCGUUGCCAUGACAGCCGUGGCGUGGUACAUCAAUGACAUGAAGAGGAGGCAAGAACACGCUAUCAGACUGCAGGAGGUCCAGGGUCUACUGGUGAACUGGGUGGGUCCUGAGCUGGGGGGCUUCGGGGAGCUGGUCCUGGAGGGCUGCUUCAGGGUGCUGAGGAUGAGGAAGGAGAGAGCCUUCUUCCUCUUCAACAACAUGCUGCUCAUCACCAAGAAGAGGAUGGACCGCUUCAUCUACAGCACUCACAUCUUCUGCUGUAACCUGUUGUUGGUGGAACAUCUAAAGGAUCCGCUGACUUUCAAAGUUUCAGACCAAACGAUCCCUAAAGAACAACAUACUGUACAGACAAGGAACCUUGAGGAGAAGAGACUGUGGAUCCACUACCUGAAAAGACUUAUCAUGGAGAACCAUCCUACCUCCCUCCCUCACAAGGCAAGGCAGGUCCUGGGAGACAACUUCUGUCAAUCUCCUCAUUUUGACCAGGACACCCUGAAGAAGAGUCCUGCCACUCCACGAUUGGACAAUUCCCGAGGACAUCAUCGAGGCAGGCGCCAAUCAGACCCCCCAGCAGUGACCUUCCCAUGUGGGCCGAGAACAAGCCUCCGUCAACCCUUUAACUACACACGCAGACAAUCAGUACCAACCAAUCACAUAGAGGCUGUCUGCACUUCAGGAGUGUGGAAGCCUAUGGACAGCAGGGGGGAUGUGGGUGGUUUAGCGAGUCCCUGGUCCUCGUCAGUGAACCCCCUAUCCCCAGCAGGACCUCCGCCCACCCAGGAGGAGGAGGAGGAUGAGGAGGUUCUCGCCCCUCUGUGUGCCAGCCCCUCCCUCUCAAUCACUGAGGAAAUCCUGCAGUUGAUGAACAAGAGCCUCCUGGCUUCAUCUCUACCCACGGAGUCCACCAGAUCUGACCACAGCUUUACCAGCCCUCUGGCCCCUACAGUACCCCCCUCCAGCCCUCUGGCCCCUACAGUACCCCCCUCCAACCCUCUGGCCCCUACAGUACCCCCCUCCAGCCCUCUGGCCCCUACAGUACCCCCCUCCAGCCCUCUGGCCCCUACAGUACCCCCCUCCAACCCUCUGGCCCCUACAGUACCCCCCUCCAGCCCUCUGGCCCCUACAGUACCCCCCUCCAGCCCUCUGGCCCCUACAGUACCCCCCUCCAGCCCUCUGGCCCCUACAGUACCCCCCUCCAGCCCUCUGGCCCCUACAGUACCCCCCUCCAGCCCACUGGCC